AUGACACGCCUCUACCCCGACCUCCGCCCGCCCAAAGCCGGGCCGGGGAUAGCCGCCCCGGUGGUUUCGGGCUCGCCGUUCGCCAGCUGUCCGUCGUGCGGGGUUGCCCUCGCCGAGAUAGGCAACAGCGUCGUGGCCGCCGCACUCCACACGCCUGUGACGCCGCCCUGCAAGCCUCGUCGAACUCUCCUGCUCUGUACGGCUUGCUUCUGGGCGUAUGCAGCGGGGUGGGUGCUGCAGGCGGACAACGCCAGCUAUCUCACCCUCGGUCGCUCCGACGUGGCCAUCAACCUUGCUUCGACUCGGAUUGUCGCCGUGGUGGCUGAUGCUACCGGCGUCGAGACACCAACGUGGGCAGAGCUUGUCGAUCCUACCCUGCCUCUUGCACCUGGGGGGAAGAAGCGCGGGCCCAAGCCGAAGGAGAAGGCGCGGCUGAAGGGCUUGCUCGCCGAGCUCAACAAGGGCACUGCGCACGGCGGUGGUGUGGCGAGCAAGUACGUGGCGUGGCGGCCUGACCUCAUUCCGCCGGGUGAGACGGUGGAGAGCUACGGCAUGCCGUUCUCGGUCAAGGGUCUGCGCAAGUGGGGCGCGUCGGCAGCGGGGACGCCGGCGUGGAAGCAGGUGUUUGGCGGCAGCAAGAGCCCGUCGAGCCACAAGUCUGCCGUUGAUGGCCUCCGCAAGUACUUUGAUGUAGUUUUCGGGUCUGGAAAGCGGUCAAUGGUGUGGCACCGCCGGGGCUUCCAACCCGGCGCCUCGAGCGACACCCUGGCCAGCAUGGGCUACAAGGACGCGGUCAAGGUCACCGUCGCCCGUAGCAUGAAUAUCUAUCUCCGUAAGAAGAGUAUGGCCAAGUCUGGAGGCAAGGCCAAGCGCGAGGCCAAGCGCGAGCGUGAAGCCGUCGCCGAGUCAAAACCCGAGCCAGAGGCUGCUAAGCCAAUUGUCGCCGCCACUUCGUCGCUUGCAAUGCCUCUCCCGCCAUCUCCAAGCGAGUUCUCGCCCAACUCUAAUGGCGAUUCCAUGCCGCCAUCGUCAUCCGCUUUACCCACCAAGACCUAUGACGUCUUCAUAUGUCAUGGUAGUUACGACAAGGGCUAUGCGGUUGCGCUCCGUGAUCGCAUCCUGAGGGUCGACCAGUCCCUCAGCGUCUUUGUGGACACCAGCUCACUCGACGGCAUACAGUGUGAAUACCCAGAUGACUGCGCUGACAUUGUCAAGGCCUCGCGUGUCGUCCUCAUCAUUGUCUCGGCGUACUUUCUCGCCACACGCUGGGCUGUGGCUGAGGCCAAGACCGCACUUUGUCGGGCGAACCACUGCAAGGUGUUCCCAGUGUUCCUCAACCAUGGCAGCCUUUCGCUUGCUACGUUCAAAGCGUUCCCUGCACCCCACAAGUUAGCGAACCUCAACGACCUCCUUGCUGCUGCCGAGGCUGACCAUGCUGCGCUCCAAGAUGAUCCAUCCAGGCCUGAUAUGCAAAAAGCAGCGGAGUCUGCCGCGUCUGCUCUCCACCCCAUCAUCAAGCUCAUGUACAGCUACUUCCAAGGGCCAGACCAAGAGCACCAGUUCCAGACCUGGCGCCACAGACAUCUCACUCCAACCGACAAGGUCGAUCGCGUGGCCACAGCCUAUGCGCUUCUUGACCAUGGCUUGGAACCGUAUGACGCGCACCAGAACUCUGUCGAGGCGUUGCUGGAAGACCUGGCGACUCGCUCGCUGAAGGUGCUCUCGACGAUUGAUGCCGAGGUCGGGAUCAAGCCUGAGGUCGCAAAGUUUGCCAACGGUGAGCCCCCACCCAAGCUUGAGGCUACCAAACCCCCCGACGCAGAGCCCAAGGCAAAGGCCUUUAAGCCUUUCAGGCGAGAGCUCAAGCUCGAGGUCGUCAAGGCCGUGAGACAUGAGCUUAAGCGAAAGUGCAAGCGCAGGCCUGAGGCCUAUCGCCGGCUCAGGCGUGAGGUCAAGCUACUCGACACCGAGCCCGAGCCCAAGUCCGAGGGAGCGAAGCUCUCUGAGGCCGAGGCUAAGACCCCCGAGCUCCCCCCCGAGCCAGUCCAACUUGCAUACGUGCCACUACCCUCGAAUCGUGCUGCCGUCGUCCGUGAGUUGUUGAAGGGAGCGAGCAAGGUGGCCGGAGAUUUUAACGGUCUUGGUGGCUGCGGCAAGUCAAGUCUGGCUGAGAUCGCUGCCCAGCCCAACGUUGUCCCCAUGUUCGAGCACCUCAAGCGCGAGGCCAAGCGCAAGCGCAAGCGCGAGGUUGCCGCCAAGUCAGGGCCCAAGUCCAAGGCCGCCAAGCUCCUCGGUACCGACGAGCGCAUGACACGCAGAGGCUGGCUCGCUUGCAUCAAGCCCCCGCUAUCCCCCUUCGAGGAGGAGAGGGUGGACCAUGUCAUGCGAGCGUGUACCGCGCGGGGCGUGGCCGAUGUCGGCAACAUAACCCUCACCAGGGCUCACUUUGUCCGCCUCGAGCCUGGCGGGUGGCUCAGUGACAGGAUCGUCAACGCGUAUAUGGAGCUGCUGCAGGCUCACUUCAACAGGUUCACGCGGCACAAGGUCUGGUUCACCAACUCGUUCCUCGCCGCUGCUCUGUACCUCGACAGGCGGACGCUCAACUAUGGCAGGGUGUCCAAGUGGCUCGGCAAUGCCGUCGACGGCGGCAUCAUGUCGUUGGCCAAGAUCAUCGUCCCGGUCAACUUGGACAAUAGCCACUGGUUCACGGUGGCUAUUGAGCUUGGACCCAAAACGAUCACGUUCUACGACUCGAUGGCGGGCGAGGUGGACAGCGGGCUAGCAGAGGCGCUGAAGGAGUAUGUGGCGCUGCAGGUGGAGCAGGAGACGGGCAGGAGGCUGGACAUGUCGCAGUGGCAUGUCGUCAAACCUGUCGGCCUUCCGCAGCAGACCAACCUGUCGGACAGCGGGGUCUUUGCGCUGGCGUUUGCCGCUUUUGUUGCCGCCGAUGCUGAAAUCGUUGUGGGUCCGAGCGACAUUCCCGGGCUGCGGCGUGCCGUUGCGGCGGCUCUGCUCCGCGGUAGGUUGUAGGCGUGGAGGGCCGCUGCGUGGCGGAAGCAAGUACUUCCCCUCGAAAUGUCCAUCAUGGUACGUCGGGUGCGCAAGGAUACGUCGAGUCUUCGACUCGCUUACGCACAUUCUCGCCGAUGAGGGUGGUGCUGGACACUCACUUUGGCGGAGUGGUGGGUGGCGACGACGACGCCUUGGGGCUAGGAUCGAGCUGUACCUCAAGCCUCGUGUCGAGCGGGAUGCCCACGAGCGCAGAGAGCGCAGCGGUGCACCACUGCGACCCGUCACCGUCGAACCGCCCGAUCCCCCGUGUCGCCUUCCACAUCUCGCGGCAGUAGUGCGUCUCGGGCACCGCGUCCAAGGCAACGGCUCCGUGCAAGGCACCCGCCAGCAGGCCGCUGUCCUUCGGUACAGUCUGCUCGAGGAGAGCCUUGACAGCAAACACGUCAUGGACGGGCGCCAUGGGCAGGUUGCCCUUGGCGCCCUUGUGCCGCGCCCCGUCUGGCAACUCCUUCUUGUCCACAACAAAGCCUGGCGGGUACCGGGGCUCCUCGUCCGUCGAGCGCGCCAGAUCGUAGUCGAUGACCACCGCCUGCCACACGGGCACCACGACGCCGUCUGCAUCGUCAGCCAGUGCCGCGUACAGCAGUGACUUGCUCGCCGCGACAGCUUCGAGGCAGGGGUUGGCGAGCAGGCGCAGGACCUCGGCCAGCGCGUCCGCCGCGGCCUUGCCCGCCUGAGCCGUCGCAACGGCCGCGGCAAAGUACGCCCCGUCGUCGAGAGCCGCGAGAGCACUGGCGAUGACGUCGCACACGGGCCUCUCGAUCGGAGCCGGGAAGCGGAUGUUGCGGAACAGGAUGUCACCGUGGACGAGCGAGUCGCGGCGCAUGGCCUCGAGCCAGCCGAUGAGCGAGACAAAGUGGCCGACCCGGACGUACGAGUGCGACUCGUGGGCGAGAAACGUGGUGACAAGCACGCGCGGAGCGUCGCUGCCGCCGCUCUCAGUGAGCACGCGCGCCUCGGCCGCCGGCGAGUGAGCUGUCCACAUGGGCAAGUUGAUCCGGCGCGACGAGGCUGUCGAGGGCCGGAACCACUUGUACACCCGUCGCGAGGCCACCAUGCACGUGUUGGCGCCCGCAAGCACCACAGGCGGCCUGCGCCCAGUCAGCAACAGGUCCGCCGUCGCAGCCACCACGCUGAGGCCGGCGACAAAAGCCGUAGCAAACACCUCGCAAAACGUGUCGAGGUCUGAAUACUCCCACGUCCCAAACGGCACCGUCGUCCGUGUCCUCGCGUCGCUUGCCCGCUCGGCAACCGACGGACAACAACGCCCGGAGGGUGAGCGUGCCCACGUAAAGUCCGACGCCGUCGGAUGCGGCCCCUCCA